GUAAAACUAAACAAAGCUCUUGAGGAGAUGCCUACCUCACUGAAGAUGCAUUAUCUCUGUGGUAGAGAUUAAAAAUUUCGUUUCUGCUGAGUUUAAAUCCCCCAAAGCAGGAUGUCUUUCCCGUCCUCUUUCGGUACGCAGGUGGCCGCCAUCAUGGACGUGUUAGCUAAAGCUGCUGUAGCUGAAAUUACGAAGCUGGCGGAGGACGGGGCUGUGGUCCUUCGUCUGGAGAUGUGUCGGAGGGACAGUGAGAUCCAGGAGCUCAAAAGAAGUUUGAAAGCCAUGGAGGUCGAACUCUGCAAAGCUCAGGAAGCAGCUAAGACCCGACCUACUGAGGACAAACAGGCGCAGACUGAGAGUAUUGCCCCUGCUAAAGAUGAAAAGGAAGGACAGGAAAGGUUUGCAUUGUAUCAAGAAUUAAGCACUACUGAGUCAUCAUGUGAGCCUCAACGUGGAGCCAAGGAGAGCCGUGAGAUGAGGCCAGAAGUAAAACCAGAGCCAGAACCUGCCCCCCAGGAAAUAACAGAAAACGCUGCAUCAGUUAAUAUUUGCUUCGAGCGAGAGGAGUUGAUCUGGCCUCCUCCUGCUUGCAGCAUUUUUGAGAACAACUCUGUGGCAACACAAGAGUUCUCUACACAUAUUGAGUCAUACGCUGCACAAAGAAAUACAAGUAAUGCAGAAGGAGUCGCAGAUAAAUCCCUGAGUGUGCAUAUAAAAGAAGAAAUUGAGAAUACGACCAAUCACAACAAUGCAGCAGUAGAUAUGGGCUUUGAGAGACAUGAGCCAAUCUGGCCUCCUCCUGCUUGUAGCAUGUUUGAGAAAAGCUCUGUUGCAAUGCAGGAACAAACGCAGCAUUUUUCCUCUCCUCUCUCUGAGCAAUAUGCUGCUCAUAGACGUACAAAAAAUGCAGAGGAAAUCAGAGAUGGUUCCUUAAGCGCACUGAUAAAAGAAGAGCUAGAGACUCAACCUAUGUGCAUAGGAAGGACCACUUCAGAGCUUGAACAGCUCAGACAUGCUUUACACCCCUCUGUCAGACAGGAGCAGAACCUGCAGUCUUUUCCACAGCAAGCUGGGCCGUCACUCGCCCCUCCUCAUGCACAGAGACUAGCCGCCAGCAGGAUAGGACCCAACAUAGACGAUAACAUCCUUGGCAGAAACAGCCCAAGGGCAAAAAGACUCCAAAAUGUUUGGAGGGUGAAUCAGAAAGUGUACACCUGCCCUGUCUGCAGAAGAACCUUCCCCCGUUUGUCUCAGCUUGAAGAGCACAAGGCCACACACCAACCCUUUAAAGGUUUCAGGUGCCUCGAAUGUGGGAAAUCGUUCACGCAGAAGAGACGGCUAAGGACGCACCAAAGUGUGCACACGGGAGAGAGGCCUUUCAGUUGUAAAAUCUGUGGAAAGAGGUUCUCAAGGCAGGACAACUGCUUAAGACAUGAGCGUUUCCACAGCGGGACAAAGCCACACACCUGUGGACAGUGUGGUAAAAGCUUCACUGUGCUGAUCAACCUCAAAAAACAUCAAGAGCUUCACUUGUUAGGCAGAUAGGGCUCUGAUAGUGGGGCUUUAGUGACAUGUUUUUAGAUCAUUUGUUCAAGCCUUUAUUAAACUUGCAAGUAUAGUUUUAUACAUUUAAUACAACCAUGAAAUUUCUGUGUUUUAUUUUAGGACGCAAAGCAGGGUGGUAAUGAAUUUAUUCUGUUUUUACCAUGACUCAUUGAUUAUUUUGUGAUCAUAUUGAAUACAGUGGUUCCCAUCCAGGUGAUCAUGACUUUAAUUGUCUCAAUAUGAUUGUAAUGCAUCAUCAGGUCAUAAAUACAUCUAAAUUUUAAAAAUUCAAAUAAAGAAGUCUUUUUGCUCGGGAGAAGAUUUAUUUUAAAUGACCUGAAGCAUUAAGUAAAAGCUACACAGAUAUGGUUUAAAGACAACAAGGUGAAUGUUCUGGAGUGGCCAAUCAAAGCCCAGACCUCAAUCCAAUAGAGAAUUUGUGGCUGGACUUGUAAAGGGUGGUUCAUGCCUGAUCCCCGUGCAUUUACUAAAUACUAACUUAAAGGGGCUGAAUAUUCAUGCAAUAACUUAUUUUACCUUACAUAUUUUUUUUGAUUGACAUUAUUUUGUAGAAAUCUGUUUUCACCUUGACAUUAAAGAGGGGUUUUGUUUAUUUUUGGGUCAAAAAGUAAAAUUAUAUCGACCAUGAUUGAUUCAUAAAAUCAGUAAAAGGGUAAAAUAAUAGUCUCUGCUCCGUUUCAGUUUGAAGAAACCAUAUUUCUCAUUGUUUUCACACUCAGAGGCAGCAUGUUUACAUUUUGCAUAAACAAUGCAAAUUCACUUCCUUCACCUUUCUUCCCUCAUUCUGAAGCUUGGUUUGAACUUCAGCAUGUCAUCUUGACCAUGUCUGCAUACCUAAAUACACUGGUUGCUACCACGUGAUUGACUGAUUGAAUAUUUGCAUUAAUAAACAGUUGAACAGGUAUACCUAAUUAAGUGAUCUGUGGGAGUUCGUUAUGUAAUGUUUCUUUGUCUUCACCAGUAUGUUUUUAGUCACCUUCACACUCAAACAUCUAGUCAGAACAGUGAUCAUUUAAAUUUGUCACAGUGAAGAAAAUGUGAGUGUAUGCAUUUAUCAUGAGUUAUGUACCUGCAAAUCAGUUUAA